AUGAGAAACGAUAUCUUGAGAGUUGGUGGUAGGUUGAGGAAUGCCAGUCUGCCUUUCGGUGCGAAACACCAGAUGUUGCUCCCGGACAAGAACCCAAUCGUUGAAUCGCUGUUGAGAACGCUGCACAGAGAGCUGUUGCACAUUGGUCCGUCCGGUCUAAUCGCUUACGUACGUCAGAAGUUCUGGUUGUUGAAUGCUAGAUCUGUGGCGCGAAAGAUCAUUCGUAGUUGUGUUGCCUGUUUCCGUUGUAGUCCGCAGUUGUUGCAACCGUCGAUGGGCGAUUUGCCAGAAGCGCGUGUUGUUCCUGCUCCACCGUUUUCCAAGUCCGGUGUUGAUUUCGCCGGUCCAGUCUUUAUUCGUCAAGGGGGAAGAAAGUCCACUCUCGUUAAGGCUUACAUUUGUUUGUUCGUUUGUAUGGCCACAAAGGCGAUCCAUCUAGAAUUGGUUUCGGAUCUGUCCGCCGCAGCGUUUGUGGCUGCGCUGCACCGCUUUGUUGCUCGCCGUGGCCUGGUCGAAGAGUUGUUCUCGGACAAUGGGUCCAAUUUCGUCGGCGCUAAGUCCGAACUGCAUAGUUUGUACGAGUUGUUCAAAAGCGAUCAACUGCAGGGUAAACUAAACGAGUUUUGCCAGGCCCGUGAGAUUAGAUGGACGUUUAUCCCUCCCCGUGCUCCGAAUUUCGGUGGUCUGUGGGAGGCGGGUGUGAAAAGCACCAAAACCCACCUUAAAAAGGUCCUCCGUGAUGCUUCUCUGACGUUCGAGGAGUAUUACACCGUUUUAACGCAGAUUGAGGCCAUCCUCAAUUCGAGGCCUCUGUUUUCCUCCUCUGCAGACCCCAACGAGCCUGAGGCGAUUACUCCGGGCCACUUUCUAAUCGGUCGCGAAUUGACGGCCAUUCCAGAGCCAAAUCUGGAGGAUACGAAACUCAAUCGAUUGUCUCGUUGGCAGCUCGUUCAACGGAUUCGUGAUCAUUUUUGGAGACGUUGGUCUCGGGAGUACUUGAACACUCUACAAACUAGGCAGAAAUGGACGAAGGGUUGCAAGAAUGUUACUCCAGAUACGGUAGUGUUGUUGAAGGAAGACAACAUUCCUCCGCAGUUGUGGAAGUUAGGUCGUAUUGUAAACGUCUACCCAGGUUCCGAUUCGGUUGUUCGUGUCGCAGAUGUCCAAACGGUUAACGGCGUUUUCCGUCGUCCUAUCUCGAAACUCGCCCCUUUGCCCAUUGAACAAAAUCCCCAAUAG